AUGCAAUGCUCAACUACCCCUUCACUUCAUGAUUUACAUAUUAUUGACGACGCUAAUAGUGUUGUUCGUUGGCAUAGAAUGGCUCAAUGUCCUGUUUGUUUACAACCAAUACCAUAUGAUGAACGACGAUUAAUAGCUGGAAAAGUUUUACAUAGUGGAUGUAUUAUUUGUAUUGAAUGUCAUAAAUCAAUUGGUGAAGGAGCUUUUGAACAGCAUGAUGAUGAUAUUUUUUGUGUUAAUUGUUAUAAUAAUAUAAUUAAAAUAAAAUUAGAAUCAUCAUCAUCAUCUUCAAUAAACAAUGAUAAUUCUUCUAAAAAAGAUGAAAUAUUAAUUAAUAAUGAUUCUUUAACAAAUUCAACUGCUCGUUAUGGAUCAAUGAAAUCAUUUAUUGAACGAGUUCAUUUAUAUAAUGAAUAUAAUCAAAAAAAAACAUCACAUUUAACUAUUGUAGAGAAAGAUAAUAAAAUGUAUAUCUCUGGUAUGCUUCGUAUUUAUUGGAAUAUUAAAACACCGAUUAAACUUAAAUCUGGUCAAUCAAUACCACUCGGUUUAUAUCCUAAAUCAUUGGGUAUUUAUGAAAUGAAUGAUGAAAAAAUAUUUCAUGACAAUGACAACGAACAACAACAAUCUAAAAAUUUGGAUACAGUUUGUAAACGUUUAUGUUAUGAUGAUACGAUUCUAACAAAAUUAUCUUUAAACGAUGAUAAUGAUUCAAAUCAAAUAGCAAAUCUAAGACGUGUUCAAACUAUUCGUGUAUCAUCAAAUCAACGAAAAACUUUACGUGUAACAUUACCAUCAUUUAUUCAAUCAUCAAAUGAUGAUGAUGAAGCUCGUUCAUUUAUUCCAGCUAAAGACAGUAUGACAACAGUAUAUAUUAAUAGUGAAACAACAGUUAAUGAAACAAUAUCACUUUUAUUUUCAAAACAUUUUAUUGAAGAAUUAAAUACAAAUUUAUUUACAUUAUAUAAAGUUGAACGACAAAAUGGUAAUUGUAUUGAAAUGAGUAAUGAUGAUUAUCCACUUAUAUUACGUAUAUUAGCUGGUCCAUUUGAAAAUGAUAUAUUAUUUUAUUUAAUGGAACAUGGAAAAUCUCAAACAGUUCCAUUAGAAGUAUCAAAUUAUCUUGUUUUACCUGAAUCAAUGUUACGAGCAUUUAUUGAUAAAUUUUCAUAUGAAGAAAUUGAAUAUAUACAUAAAAUUAAAAGAAAAUAUUUAGCAUAUAAACAAUUAUUAUUAAGACAAUUUGAAAUAGUUAUAAGUCAAUCAUGA